CAGAAGUUGUCUGUUAAUCCACAAAAAGGGAGUGGUGAUCAGGUCUCUUCUUGGAUUCUACAGGAGACACUUACUAGUGGAGGGCAGACAUGUGGCUCAUCUUCACAGAGUUGAAAUGGACAAUGUAUUUUUGGAAAUCACUGGGGAAACCACUGCUCCUUUAUUUUAUCUUCUUCAUUUCAGUCUCUGGAAUGAGCACCACAACACCUAAUCUUAACAACAAUGACUUUUCAAAAAAUAUGUUGCUUCAUAUUGGAUCGAACAACAGUGCAUUAAAAAAAGAAGUACCACCCCAAGAUUUUACUUCAAAGGACUCCACGUCUAAUAUUGCAACUAGAAAAUCAGCUCUUAGUAAUGUUAACAUUGAAGAAUCAACUACCAAUGAAUUUACAGCUGAAGAGUUUCUUCUAAUUGCUUCAAGUACCAAAGAUUUAAAAGGCGAUAUCCCCAGCACAGAUUUUACAGUGGAGGAAUCUCAGACCAGUAAUAUUACAACAGAUAAAGCAAGUAUUACUAAUAUUACUACAGACCAAUCAAAUGCCAAUAGUUCCGCCAGAAAUGACUACGUUCAUACUGGACUAAGCUCAAGAAAGUUAGAAAGAGAAAUGGGAGCUGGAGAUUUUACUACAAAACAAUCCAUUAGUAGUAGUAUAAGAAAAUGGAAUUCAAGUGAAAGUAAUCCUGCUGCAGACAAGUCAGCCAAAAAUGAUUUUGUAGUAGAUGCCCUACUUCCUGUGGAAUCAAAGGGCAAUGGAUUGAGCCGAGAAGUGCCCACUGGAGAUUUAAUCAUGGAGAGAUCAGGUUAUAGUGAUUAUGGAAAUGAGAAAUCAAAUGAUGCUUUUAUUGAGAAAAUAACUGAUUUUGCAGGAGAAGAGUUACUUCCUAUUGGCUCAAACACCAGUGCUGCGAAUGAAAAUGUAAGUAGGAGUUUUCAUCUCACACAAGAAUCUAGUCCAACAGAUUUUAAAGAAAAGACAUCAAGCAGCAGGAAUCAAAAUAGAAAGAAACGUGACACCACCAGUUCAAUAACUACAAAACCUUGCAUUAAAGUUUAUACUACUAUGGAGUCAAGGGAAAAUAAUCUUAAUUCAGAAGAAUCUGGUAGUGGAGGUUUAACUACAGACGACUCAAGCACUAGUGAUUCAUCUACAGAGACACCUCAAACCUGUGCUUUUACAACAAAUACAAUGAGCACCAGUGGUUAUACUACAAAAGAGCCGAGUACAACAGAGAAAUCUAGCAAUAAUUUUACUCAAAGUGAGUUAAGCACUACUGGCUCUGCAACACAUUUUGCAACAGAUGUACUGAACACCAGUAAUAAUACUAUAAAACAAUCAAUCACUACUGAUUUUAUGACAGAAGAUUCAGGAGGCAGCGGUUUUACAACAGAACAAUCUGUAACAAAUUCUAUGAUUCUAAAGACCAGUACCACUGAUUUUAUAGCAAACACCCCUGGAUCCAAGGAAUCCACUACAAAUGUUUUGCGCACUAGUGAUGUAGCAACAGAGCAUUUAAGUACAAGUGACUUGACGACAGAGAAAUCAAGUGCUGUUGGCUCAAGCACAGAAGAACCUACUGACCUCAUUACAAAAAUACAACACAGCAGUGCCUAUACCAUACAAGAGCCAACAAUCAGCAAUACUGCAACAGAGAAACUGAUUGAAAGUGGUUUUACAACAGAAAAAGUCAGCAAAAACAAUGUCACAACAGAUGGACUACACAUUACUAGGCAAACAGAUGGAACCAGCAACUUUAUUUCAAGUGUACCAAACAAUAGUGGCUACACUACAGAACGGUCUACUGUCAGCAGCUUUACAAAAGUGAGUGCCAGUGAUUUAACAAAAGAUUAUGCAACAGAGGAAUUAAGUGGAAGUGGUUUUACAACAGAAGAUGUAACCACAAGUGAUUUUACAACAGAAGUGAUAGACACUAUUUAUCCAUAUACACAAAAGCCUAUAACUACCAACCUUAUUAUAGAUGUACUCAAUACUACUGGCUAUAGAACAAAGGAGUCUACAAUCAAUGAUCUUACAACAGAGGAAAUGACUGCAAGUGGUGCUCCAACAGAAGAAGUUAGCACAACCUAUUUCACAACAGACGGAUUGCACACUAAUUACUCUACUAUACAAAAUCCUACAACCACCAAUCUUACUACACAUGUGCAGAACACCACUGGCUAUAGCACAAAGGAGUCUACAAUCAAUGAUCUUACAACAGAGGAAAUGACUGCAAGUGGUGCUCCAACAGAAGAAGUUAGCACAACGUAUUUCACAACAGACAGAUUACACACUAAUUACUCUACUAUACAAAAUCCUACAACCACCAAUCUUACUACACAUGUGCAGAACACCACUGGCUAUAGCACAAAGGAGUCUACAAUCAAUGAUCUUACAACAGAGGAAAUGACUGCAAGUGGUGCUCCAACAGAAGAAGUUAGCACAACGUAUUUCACAACAGACAGAUUACACACUAAUUACUCUACUAUACAAAAUUCUAGAACCACCAACCUCAUUACAGAUGUACACAAUACCACUUACAGCACAAAGGAGUCUAAAUUCAGUGACUUUACAACAAAAGAGCUGAUUACAACUGGUUUUGCAACAGAAAAGCAAAGCACAACACAUUUCACAACAAAUGCAUCGCGCAACACUUAUUUAACUACCAACUUCACAACAAGUAAUUCAAACACCAGUAGCUAUGGUACACAGUCCACAAUCAGCGCUUCCACAAAUAUAAGUACCAGUGAUCUGGCAAAAAUAUUUACAAUCAGUGAGUUUACAACAGAUAAAUUAAGAACAAGCACAUUUACCACAGAACAGCCAAAUACUAUUCAUUUCACUACUGAAGAACAUGGAACCUCCAUCUUUAUUACAGAUGGUUUAAAAACAGAUGAAUUUGGUACAACUGGUUUUACAAUACAAAGUCCAAACACAAGAGGUUUUACAACCAAAGAAUUGAAUACCAUUCAUACUACUACAAAAAAACCUAAAACAACCAAUUUUAUUACUGAUAUAGUAGGCACCAGUGGCUAUAAUACAAAAGAGCCUACACAGAGGGGUUUUACGACAGAUGAAUCAAGUCCUGGUCAUACAGAAAAUCCUAAAACCAUCAAACCUACUACAAAAGCACAAAACAUCAGUGGCUAUACUACAAAAGAAUCUACAAUCAGUGAGCUUACAGCACAAACAAGUGAUUUUCAAACAGAAAUGGCAAGUACUAUUCAUAGUGUUGUCACAGCAUCCUCUAAACACACUCUUGAUGCUUCAUCUGCAUCACCUACACCUACUCAGAAUGCUUCAUUAACAACCUUGAAUAAUACUUUAUCACCAUCAGAUUAUACAGAAACUUUUUCAUCGACCCAACAUGGCCCUACUGUAACACCACUGACUCUCAGUCAAACAACUUCACUUCUGCUAUCUGAGCCAGUGUACAGUCCAAAGGUAUCUGUUGAUGGUCCAGACACUACAGCCACAUCUUCAUCAGCUCACUCGGUUUCAACUUUAUCAUUAACAACUUCUCGUAUGGCUACUCUGGAAAGAACUAUAAAUGUACUAAGUGAUUCCACUUCAUCCUCUACACCACCUACAAAUGCUACUAUUUCACAACCUACACUUGGUCAAACAGAUUUAUCCUCAUCUCCCAGGAUCCAAAACACUGCCACAACAUCUUUUUUUCAUGAUCCAACAACUUUAGCUACAUUGCCAGCUAUUACUUCAACAGAUGCCACAGCAUCUUUCACUGAUUCUCUGGCUGUUUCAUCGUCUGCAUUUACUUUGUCAUCAGGUAAUGCCACUUAUAUGUCACCAACAUUUGCAUCAUCUACUGUAAAUCAAAGGACUACCACAGUAUUAUCUAAUUCUGUGACACCUCUUUCCUCUUUGGUAUCCACAACAACCCAAAGUGUUGGAACACUACAUGUUUACACAUCAGCAACCACACCUACUGGACUGCCAACAUCUAUAACAACUUCAGCUCAUUCUCCUUUUGCUGUAACUCAGACUACUACCCCAACAUCAUCCUCUCAGCUUUCACCUGCUCUGCCUUCAUCAUCUACUUUAACACACAGUUCUACCACUUCAUUUUCUACUCUUCUCACAACUUCUUCCUCCUCUACAGAAACUACUACCACCUUAUUAUCUACAAGUUUGCCACAUAACACCACUUUACAAAGCACCUUUCCCCAACAGAAUCUAACUUCCCCAUCCAAUACAUUCUCCCCUGCUCUUUCUAAUUCAGUUUUAUCAUCGACACAUAUCCAAACAGAUACUGCAUCAUCUACAAAGGUUCCACAAACGCUAGCUUCAACCUCAACCUCUAUUGCUUUCCAGUCUUCUCCUACCCAGUUUGUAACAUACACUCCUCUUGUCUCAAUAUCAUCAUCUACCACAAAUCAUCCUGCCACUUCAUCAGUCUCUCAAACUGACAAAAUAUUGCCAUCUACCACUACCUCGAAGGAAAUGUCUUCAGCUGGGUUUCCAACAAACAGCAUCUCAUCAUCUUUGUCUUCAUCUAAAUCUCCAUCUACUAGCAAUAGCCAAACAACAACAAUUAUGUCCAAUGCAACUACAAGCGCAACUCCUACAACGUCUAUAAGUCCUCCUGUCAUUGAGCCCAAUGACAGAAUCUUUGCCAUUGGCUUUACCAUUGUCAACAUAAAUUUCGCCUCUGACUUGAGUAACCCUAAUUCAACUUUAUAUAAAGAGCUGGAGUACAACAUCACAUUACAGCUAACAGCGCUCUACAAAAAAAGUUACUUGGGCCGCCUCUUGAAGUAUGUCAAAGUGACACGCUUUAGAAAAGGCUCUGUGAUAGUGGACUGCACCUGCGUCUUCAGCACAAAUGACUCACUCCUCAAUGUCUCAACCUCACUCAACGGUACCUCUGUCAGGGAUAUAUUUAUAUCUGCAAUCAAUGGAUCUAAUGAUUUGGGUGCGAUGUAUCUUCUAAACCCAAACAGCUUAACAGUGCAAGAACAAACAACAACUUCAUCAACUGUAACCACCACAACAGUUUUAACAACAUCAGUGACCAAUAUACCUGUAAUUAAUGCCAGUGACAAACGCUUCAUCAUCAACUUCACCAUCAUAAACCUAAAUUUCACAUCUGACUUGAAUAAUUCCAGCUCAGCUUUGUAUAAAAACUUGGAGAGCAACAUCACAGCACAGCUCACACGUCUCUAUAAGAACAGCGAAUUAUCCAGCAUCUUCAAGUAUGCCAGUGUGAAAGGCUUUAGUAAAGGCUCUGUGAAGGUGAGCUCUGUCUGUGUCUUCAGAUCAAGCCCCACACUCACCUUAACCUUGGUGAAGAAUAUACUUGUAAGUGGAACUAAUAACUCCAGUCUACUUGGCGGAAUCUAUCAGCUGGAUCCAAGCAGUGUGUCAGUAGAAGAAGACAGCCUUGAUUCCCCGAGUCAGCCGUAUGUGCCCUAUUGGGCCAUUAUCCUAAUAAGCUUGGGCAUCACACUGAUUUUGUCAAUGAUCGCUUUCUUUGGCUUUGUGACUGUUCGGAGCAGCUGGUUUGGUCGAAGGGGUUCCUAUGAAAUAACGCAGAUGCCAAAGAACUUGCCUUACACACGUCUUAAGUGAGAAUCAGUGACACCAGAAGAAGAGAAGACACCAAAAUUAAAAUGAACAAAAAUAUAGAUAUAUAUAUAUCUUACUCAGUUCUGACAGUGCAAUUAAUUUACUUUGCAAAAAUAUAUUAUUAUUUUUGUAGUUUUACACGAACGUUUACAUUAUUAUUAAAUUAAUGCCAGCGAAAACAAAAUUGUAAACAAAAACCUACUGUUUCUUAUUUUUAUAUACUUCAUGUGACAUAUAAAAUGGCACUGCCAGCACUUUGUUGUUGAUUUUCAAUUCAAAAUAUUAAUGAAUAUUUUAAUAAUAAAAUUUGAAUAUGUAUUUAUAUACAAA